CAGAUUUGAAGAACUUUUUGUAGAGAUAAAAUAUAUAAUUUCACUAGAUGUCACUAAUUGUUCCGUGUGGGUAAAAUCAAAGAAUGGUGAAAACAAGGAGAGGAAGCAAAACAAAUGACUCACCAGUGGAGAAAUUAAAACCAGAAGGAGUUAGUAAUAUCCCAGAAUAUGUGGAUUCGUAUGAGAACAGUGAGUGUGACUUUGAUGCAGCAGAUAUGAAUAACUUGCAAUUAGAGAAAAAUAGAAAAGAAAAAGAAUUUUUAGAAGAUAAAACAGAUUCAAAUAAGGACAAACUCAACAGUCAGCUCAUAACAGAAUGUAAUCAACAAACAGAAAAUAUUGUUUGUAGUGAUGAAGAUUCUGCCCCUGAUGAAGUAACAUUUUCAUCUGGCAAAGAGGCAGCUUUAACCUCUGCUAAAGAAGCAUCAAGAUCAGCAAAACAGGUUAUAAAUAAAACAAAACAAAAGAGAAGGGAUGCUCAUUCUCGAAAUAUUGCCCAAAAAGAACAGAAAAGACAAAGGAUAGAGGCACUAGAACACAAGAGAUUUCCAUGUGAUCUGGUUGAGAAUCUAGACAAUUUACCUGCCAAAUUAGGUGUAACUGUACCUCAAAAUAAAUUACAUAUUGUUGGAAAACCAAAAAAGAAGAAAUUUGAGGAAGAUGAUGAAUUAAAUCCAGUUGAGGAAACAAAACAGUCAGAAGAUUUUAUUAGUCUACAUGGUUCAACAGAGUUUCAAGUGAAGAUAUUGCCUAAAGAGCUCAAAAGACCCAAACCAAUUGCAGAGAACGCACUGGAUUUCAGGCAAAAUAUGCUGUAUGGAAAGAAAAAUAAGAGAGAAUCGGUUCAGUCAUUCAUGGGAAAGAAAGAAAAACAAGUAGUUGGUGGAAAAUGUUAAUUGUUACGAGGCUAGCUACUGGAUGUCCAAGAGAAAAUGUGAUUAUUUUCAGUAUAUGAAAGUAGGUGUGGAGCUUAAUGCUUUAAGACUAUCAGGAUGUAAUUUCAUGUGUUCUAUAAAAAAUAAAUUUGAUCCAAGAGAUUGUGUAGGUUUUAUUUUUAA